UUGUAUUAUAUUAUACUUACAAACUCAUACUCUUGUUUAACUGUCAUUAUUCUGGUUCUUUCUACAGUUUCAGGCUCCAUACAAUGGACAGGCUGUUUCAUUUGCUAUUUUUCUCAGGAUUCUGUUCAUUUAUUGGGGGCAUUUCACGUCAAUAUGUUCUAAUCCAGGAACAGAAGACUUGGUACCAGGCACAAGCUUACUGCAGAGAGAAUCACAUUGACCUGGCCACUGUUCAAAAUAAUGACGACUGGGCAAAUUUACGAGACACGGUUUAUAAAAUGGCUAAGAUGGCUUGGGUUGGACUGUACAAUGACAUUUAUAGCUGGCGGUGGUCUUAUCAGGAUGAGAAUAUUACAUUUCAGAAAUGGAGAAGUGGAGAACCAAACAACUAUGGUGGACGUGAGGCAUGUGGUUUGAUAGAAGAUAGAGUAUGGAAUGAUAUGGACUGCAGGGGACCAUUUCCAUUUUUUUGCUUCAAUGAGAACAGAACAAACAGGUUUGUUUUCGUUAACGAAUCCAAAACCUGGCAGGAGGCUCAGAGCUACUGCAGACAUAAUUAUACAGAUCUGGCCAUCAUUUCAAAUCAAAGUGAGGAAGACCAAAUAACUGAGAUGAUGACAUCACAUGGCUUGAGUGCUUGGCUUGGUCUGUUUAGAGACACGUGGAAAUGGUCAGAUGCAACAAAUGUCUCCACUUCCUCCCUUACCUGGCUGACAGCACAACCUGACGUGGUUACGCUGAAAAGUCCUUGUGGUGUUUCAGAUCCUGCUGGUAUGAUCCAUUACCAGCUCUGCUCAAAUGACCUUCCUUUCCUCUGCAUGCAACGUAAGUCUGAUCCUUAGCUACUGAUUGUGUUUUUACGCAAUUUCAGUGUUCCUAAUACUCUUACUGGACUGCAUAACACACACACUUGUAUAUGUGGUUUAUGGGGACUCCCCAUAGGCGGAAUGGUUUUAUACUGUACAAACUGUAUAUUCUAUCCCCCUACAC